CUCUCAUAUCCAAAACUGCAGACAUCUCAAGAUACAACUUCUACUUCUCCCAUUUUGAUUUCAUAAAAACAAAAGACAACAUGGCUGCUUCUGUUCUGCUUCCAACACCAGUUCUUGUAGCAUUUCUUCUUGCUCUCAGCUGUCUCUGGACAGCUCCUCAGGUUGUCCUUGCAAAGCAUCGAAGCAUCACAAGGCAUUACACCUUCAAUAUAGAGAUGAAGACUGUCACCCGUCUGUGCCGUACCAAAAGCAUAGUGGCAGUCAAUGGCAAGUUCCCAGGACCUCGGAUAAUCACUAGAGAAGGCGACCGCCUAGUCGUUAAAGUCAUCAAUAAUGUUUCCAACAACAUCAGCAUUCACUGGCAUGGAGUGAGACAGCUCCAGAGUGGAUGGGCCGAUGGUCCUUCAUACAUCACACAAUGUCCAAUUCAGACCAAACAGAGUUAUGUCUACAACUUCACCAUUGUUGGGCAACGAGGAACUCUUUGGUGGCAUGCUCACAUUUCAUGGCUAAGGGCAACUGUGUAUGGACCGCUCAUCAUCCAUCCCAUGCCCAAUACUUCUUACCCAUUUCCCAAGCCAUAUAAGGAAGUUCCAAUCCUUUUUGGAGAGUGGUUUAAUGCUGAUCCUGUGGCAGUCAUCAGCCAGAGUUUACAGACAGGAGGAGGCCCAAAUGUCUCUGAUGCCUACAGUCUCAAUGGGCUUCCAGGUCCAUUGUAUAACUGUUCUGCCAAAGACACAUUCAAGCUGAAGGUGAAGCCUGGGAAGACAUAUAUGCUGAGGUUGAUCAAUGCUGCACUCAAUGAUGAUCUCUUCUUCAGUAUAGCAAACCACAGUCUAACUGUUGUUGAGGCUGAUGCGCAAUACGUCAAGCCAUUUAAGACCAAAAUCCUGCUCAUAUCACCAGGACAAACCACCAAUGUCCUCCUCAAAACCAAACCUAACCCACCAAAUGCCACCUUCUUCAUGUUAGCCAGACCAUAUUUCACUGGAAUGGGGAGUUUUGACAAUACCACUGUUGCAGGCAUUCUUGAAUAUGAACAACCACCUUCCGCCUCUUUGAAGAACCGCCCACCUUUGAAACCAUCUUUGCCUCCAUUCAAUGCUACCAAUUUUGUUGCUAAUUUCACUAGCAAAUUCAGGAGCUUGGCGAAUUCCCAGUUCCCUGCUAAUGUGCCUCAAUCUGUGGAUAGGAAAUUUUUCUUUACGAUUGGGUUGGGGAACAGGCCUUGCCCUAAAAACCAGACGUGCCAGGGCCCUAAUGGCACAAAGUUUGCAGCUUCUAUGAGCAAUGUCUCUAUGGUUCUCCCCACAACAGCUCUUCUUCAGGCCUAUUUCUUUGGUCAGUCUAAUGGGGUUUAUACCACUGAUUUCCCGAGAACUCCACUUCAUCCAUUCAAUUACACUGGCACCCCUCCGAACACUACCUUUGUAAUGAAUGGCACAAAGGUUGUGGUGCUGCCGUUUAACACCAACGUAGAGGUGGUGCUGCAGGGCACUAGCAUCUUGGGAGCGGAGAGCCAUCCUCUCCAUCUCCAUGGCUACAAUUUCUACGUUGUGGGUCAGGGUUUUGGAAACUUUGAUCCCAAGAAGGACCCUUCAAAAUUCAACCUUGUUGAUCCUGUUGAAAGAAACACUAUUGGGGUUCCUUCUGGGGGUUGGCUGGCAAUCCGUUUCAGAGCAGAUAAUCCAGGAGUUUGGUUAAUGCACUGCCACUUUGAUGUCCAUCUGAGCUGGGGUUUGGGUAUGGCAUGGAUAGUGUUGGAUGGGAAACUCCCUAAUCAGAAGCUACCUCCUCCACCGUCUGAUCUUCCCAAGUGUUGAUGAUCUCAAGCAUCUUCUGUUUUCCGAGCAUGAUGACUGCGUGUUUUUUUAACUUAUUAUUACUGCUCUGUUCUAUCCCCAUUUUGAAGAAUGUUAGGCAUAUAGUCUACCUAACUUUGGUAUUGAAGCGAUUGUGUCCUUUUCUUUUGUCUUAAGUUCAGAACAGUUCCCCACCGGAAAAUGGAUAGAGAAAGAAGGGAGGAGAUUUUUAUGUUUGUAUCAUCCAGAGUUUCAAUGCUCUAGUUGGAGCAUAAAUAAUAAAUUUGAAAGUUAGAU